AUGCCGGAAGGAGGGAGCCCAGCGGUGGGCAUGGUCAAAGAGGAAAGCCGGUUGAGGCUGCUAAUCAGCGCGAUUUUCACGUUGACGCUGUCCAUCCUUGGCAGUUCGGUGCUGCCGGUGCCCUUUGCCUUCUCGCGCAUGGGGGUGCUUCUUGGCGUGCUCACCAUGGCCGUGGUGGCCUACUCCAACAGCCUCACCUCCGUCCUGCUGCUGCGCGCGGCCGGCCUGACCGGGCACGAUAGCUAUGAGGGCGUUGCGCAGGCCGUGGUGACGCAGGUGUCGCUGAUCCUGUUGCUGUUUGGCACGGUGAUCGGCGACUUUGCGCUGCUGGCGGAUGUGGGCCAGCGUGCUCUGCGGCGGCUUUCCCCAUCGCCGCCGGCGCUGCUAGUGGACUACGAUGGCCGCGGCAUCAUGGUGCUGCUUACACUCUGCGUGGUCCUCCCGCUCUGCCUCCUGCGCAAGAUGCGCAGCCUGGAGACGGCUGCUCAGGCUGGUGUGGUCAUCGUGGUGGCACUGGCAGGCAUCAUCGCCACUGAGGCUGCCCAGUACGGCUUCCCAGCCAUCCACAAUGGGGAGCUGCCCCUGUGGGGCAUCAAGCUGAGCACGGAACUGCCGGAAGCGUUUGCGGUGCUGGGCUUUGCCUUCUACGUGCAGCCCAUGCUGAUGCCCCUUCUGCAUGAGAUGCCUCCUGGUCAGGCCAGCGUCGGCAUCACUUGCACUGCCGUGCGCAUCGUUGUGGGCAUUGUGGCCUCAGUGGUGUACGGCGUGAUUGGCAUCUUUGGGGCAGCGAGGUAUGGGACCAAGACAGAGGGCAAUGUGCUGGUGAACGAGUGGCUGGGCGGGCCGGCUGAAGGCUUCCUUGACCUGGCCAUUGCUGCCUACCUCUCCAUCAGUGUCCCUCCCAUGCAGAUGUCAUGCAGAUACACGCUGGAUGUGCUGCUGGCUGGGGAGGAUGCCCCCUUCAGCCGCCGGCGGCACACGCUGGAAACCUGCUUCAUCGUGUUCAGCUCCCUGGCCGUUGCCCUGGCCUUCCCCACAGGCGCUGAGAAGAUCUUUGCCGUCACUGGUGCGACAGCAGUGUGCAUUGUGUGCUAUGUCAUCCCCGUGGCGCUGCAUCUGAAGAUCUACUACAGCCCUGGUGAAUACUCCCUGCCACAAGGGGUGGAGGAGCACGGCUUGCACACCCCUCUGUUGGAGGAUGGGGUGAAUGGGCUUGAAGAGGAGAAGACUCUGGAGCCCAGCAGCAGUGAGGAGAGGUGUAGAGGGGAGGAUGGGCCUGCAGGGACAGGAGGCCCUGGCAGCAGUGCUCAGACUGAAGUUCAGAGCAGCAGAAGGACGGGUGGCUGGCUGGAAUUAUUCCAUGAAGUUGUGGUGCCCAUCAUCGUGGUUGUGUUGGGCGUUGGUUUCAGUGUGGCGGCCCUCUGGGUGUCUCUCAGCACAGCGCUUUGGCCUGCACCUAAUGACUGA